CACACACACACACUCGCUGUUCUUCUCCUCGGUGAGCCUGGCAAACCAUGGAUCGUGUUCACACCUGAAAGUGCAUUUAUAGGCUACUCGUGUUGGGGUUGACAAACCUGGUCUGCGCGCGCAAUGAUGGCCACCUUCCCUGGCCCGGAGGAUAACGGCAUGAUCCUCAUGGACACUACCUCGAGCUCAGCGGAGAAAGACCGGACAAAAGACGAACCUCCUCCGGAGAAGGGACCGGACAAAUCCGACCCCACACAGAAACCCCCGUACUCCUAUGUGGCGUUAAUCGCGAUGGCGAUCCGCGAGAGCUCGGAAAAGCGUCUCACGCUGUCCGGUAUCUACCAGUACAUCAUCAGUAAGUUUCCUUUCUACGAGAAGAACAAGAAAGGAUGGCAGAACAGCAUCCGACACAACCUGUCUCUCAACGAGUGCUUUAUUAAGGUGCCUCGGGAGGGGGGUGGCGAGCGGAAGGGUAACUACUGGACCCUGGACCCGGCGUGCGAGGACAUGUUCGAGAAGGGCAACUACCGGAGACGACGGCGCAUGAAGAGACCGUUCCGGCCUCCACCGACUCACUUCCAGCCGGGCAAGUCUCUGUUCGGCGGAGACGGGUACGGUUACCUCUCCCCGCCCAAAUACCUGCAGUCCGGGUUUAUCAAUAACUCAUGGUCUCCCGCGCCUAUGCCGUACACCUCCUGUCAGAUGAGCGGCGGGAGCGUGAGUCCCGUUAACGUGAAAGGCUUGACCGCGCCGUCCUCGUACAACCCGUACUCGCGCGUGCAGAGCAUAGGUCUCCCGGGCAUGGUGAACUCUUACAACGGCAUGAGCCACCAUCAUCACCACCACCACCACACGCUCCCUCACGCGCAGCAGCUGAGUCCCGCGACGGCGGCUCCUCCUCCGGUGUCCGGCGGGAACGGGACGGGUCUUCAGUUCGCCUGCGCGCGCCAGCCGGCGGAACUCUCCAUGAUGCACUGCUCCUACUGGGACCACGAGAGCAAACACUCCGCACUGCACGCGCGAAUCGAUAUAUAGCUCGGGCGUCGCGAGACCAAACACAGAUCAAUACUGUCCUCGCUAAAAGACUAUAAAAACAAGGUCCAGCGAUCUCAAAAAAACACAUUUCGUAAAUUGUGCGGGGUCUAGGGA